AUGGAGCGCGGCACGCGGUGGAUGGAGAAGCAAGAAGCCAAAUCGCUGCGCAUGGCGCUCGAGGAUAUGGAUCUGGAGGCGGAAAAGCGGAUCCACGAGGCGGCGCAGGAUGAGGCGGCGGAGCUCGUGUACAGGCAUCAGAGCGGCGAGGAUCCCACUUCCGGCAUGCCGUUUCCGAAUCCAGAUGGAAAGAGAGACUAUCAUAGACAUCUGCGCAAGGGCAGCUAUCAGCGGGAGCACGUCGAGGCGGCGCCGGACAUCACGCAAGCCCAUCGACGCUCGAGCAGUGGUAGUCGGCGCAUGAUCAGCCUGGAGAAGAAGCGCGCCUUCAUGCACCCCAAAGACCGCAUCUGGGAGGAUCCGCAGGAAGAGCAAAGUCCGCCGCCGCCGCCGCCUCAGCCGCAGAGAGUCGCAGCAGUGCCCGCCACCAUCACGACCAAUCCAGAAGUCCCGCAAGCGCACACACGUCGCAACCCAUUCGCUCGCGUGCGCAUGCACACCGAUAAGUUGGAGCGCACGCGAUCGGAGCCAAUCGUGUCGGCACCUCGCCUCGACAGCGUGGAAAUCCAGCGCAAUCCGCCCAGUCAAUCGCGCCGGCCAUGGUACAUGUCGAAUGAGCCGCUGCCGCCUACACCACCCAGUCCCGCCGGGCAGCCAGCCGAUGAAGUCUCUCCGAAAGUCACACCAACGCGGGAGGGUAGGGAGGUCCGCGGCGACGACAUCCGAGCGGCGACGAGCAAGAGGCGCAGCGACUAUAGUCCCAAGCUACCGCGUCCGACCAUGGUCAGCGACAAGCCUGGGCGCCCGAUCGUGAGCUUUCAGCAAGAUUGGAGGCCGAAGGAAGUGGUGUUGGAAGGGGCUCAGGCAGCAACGGGAUCGAAAGCGACAGCCGAGCCGUCCAAGACACGUCAGCCUGAUGGCGCCGUCGAUCCUGCAGACAGGCAACCUGUACCAUCGAUCAACUUCCCGGAUUCGCCGACUAUUCCAACGAUUGUUUUCCCGGACGAGUUCGAGCAUACGGAAUCUUCCAGGGAAUCAUCGGCGCCGGUGAUUCCGUCAAUCAACAUCGAGGCCCCCAUCAUCGCCGUCAGCAGUUUUGACGAACCCGAGCAAUACUCAGGCGUGCCUUCCGCACACCAACCGCACUCCCAAGGCAGACCACACCCCACGCACGCCGCAACAUCACCCCUCCCCAUGUCCAGACCGCACAUCACGCCCACCGUCCGCCAAUCCGGCAUGCUCUGCGCCCACUGCGCCCUCCCCAUCGCCGGCCGCAUCCUCAGCGCAUCAGGCGAGCGCUUCCACCCCUCUUGCUUCGUCUGCUACCAAUGCCACACCAACCUCGAGCUCGUCGCCUUCUAUCCCGAGCCGGAAAAGGCGCACCUGCUGCAAAGGGAAAUCGAAGACGGAGACGGCAUGCUGCGCUUCUUCUGCCAUCUAGAUUUCCACGAGCUGUUCUCCCCGCGCUGCAAGAGUUGCAAGACGCCGAUUGAAGGGGAGGUCAUUGUUGCGUGUGGCGCGGAGUGGCAUGUCGGCCACUUCUUUUGCGCGCAGUGCGGCGACCCGUUUGAUAGCCGCACGCCGUUUGUGGAGAAGGAGGGGUAUGCGUGGUGCGUGGGGUGUCAUACGAAUCGCUUCAGCUCCAAGUGUCGCAAGUGCAGGAAGCCGGUGGUGGGGACUGUUGUCAAGGCUUUGGGCGCGGAUUGGCAUUCGAGCUGCUUUGUUUGCGUGGAAUGCAACGGCGAGUUCCAGGAUGGCAGAUACUUCCUGCGGGGAUCAAGUGAUGAUCCAGUGUGUGUGACGUGCGAGCAGCGACGUCUGAAGGCGUGA